AUGUCGGCACCCAGAUCCGGCGCGCGUCCAAUCCCUCCCCGCGGACCCCGGCCUCCUGUGGGACGACUGGCCAGUCUAAAACCUCCCAACUCUACUCCUAUCAAUCGUCCAACUGCUAUUGGACGUCCUCAACCACCCCGCCCGACAACACACCCCACAACAUCUAAUUGUCCAAACCCAGGAUGCCCUGCUCCGCAUAUUGUCGAUGAUGGAGGCGUGAAGGUCUGUACGGGCUGUGGUACUGUCAUCAGCGAGAACAACAUUGUCUCUGAAGUCACAUUCGGUGAAUCCUCGUCCGGUGCAGCUGUUGUGCAGGGAUCUUUCGUCGGAGAAGAUCAGACACACGUACGCAGCUAUGGUCCGGGUUUCCAGCGCGGUGGCGCCAUGGAGAGUCGGGAAAUGACCGAACAAACUGGAAACCGAUAUAUGCUCCAACUUUCUCGGGCUUUAACUAUUCCGGAAAGUGCGACCAAGGGCGCCGGUCAAAUCUUUAAGCUUGCCGUUGGGCUGAACUUUAUCCAAGGUCGUCGCACAAAGACGGUAGCUGCGGUCUGCUUGUACAUUGCAUGCCGUCGUCAAAAUGGCAAUACCGUCAUGCUGAUUGAUUUCGCCGAUGUGUUGAUGAUCAAUGUCUUCAAACUUGGUCGUACAUACAAAACACUUCUUGACGAACUCCGCUUAGAUGGCAACGUCUUUCACAUGAACCCCAUUGACCCCGAAAGUUUGAUUUAUCGUUUCGCCAAGCAGCUGGAAUUCGGGCCAUCUCUCAUGGCGGUGGCUGGCGAGGCAGUCCGGAUCGUUCAACGAAUGAACCGUGAUUGGAUGACCACCGGUCGACGCCCAGCUGGUCUUUGUGGUGCCGCACUGAUUCUUGCCGCGCGCAUGAACAACUUCCGCCGAACUGUACGUGAGGUCGUCUAUAUCGUCAAAGUGACAGAAACCACUAUCAGCCAGCGUUUGAACGAGUUCGGUUCCACCGAGAGUGGUGAAUUGACUAUUGAUCAAUUCCGUUCGGUCCAAUUAGAGAACACUCAUGAUCCCCCAUCCUUCACUCGCGGGCGAGAAGGUCGGAAAAGCCGCAUCAAGAAGUUUCCAGAGACUGCGGCGGAACUCGAAGAUGACGAUUCUCCAACCGAAAGUGAAGCAGAAUCAGUGCAGCCGCCUCGUAUAGAUGCCGACGGUUUCGCUAUUCCUAGUCUUCCCAUCGACCCGGCCUUGACUGCAAAUAGCCACGGCCGUCGUGCAUCAGUAAUUGCCAAGGCAGUGAAUGAAGUCGUUCAAGAUAUCAAAAAUGAGCCGACCCACUCCAAGGGCAAGGGCAAGCGACAACCCACGCCAGAACCCUCUGCGGAGCAGGUUGCAUCUGAAGCGGCGCUGGAAGAUGAAAUGCGGUCUAUGCUUGCUCAAGGAUCAAGUAUGAUUGAGAGUGUCGGAUCCGAGCAACCACCGCGGCCCACCAUUUCCGACAGCACUGAAAUCGAUGCUGCCGAGUUUGAAGAUGACCCUGAAGUCGCCAAUUGUCUGCUCUUGCCUGCUGAAGUCGAGAUCAAGGAGUCAAUUUGGGUGACAGAAAAUAAGGAAUACCUCCGCACUCAACAAGCAAAAGCGCUAAAGCGGGCCUUGGACGAGUCAACCGGAGGAGGCACGCCUCGCAAACCACGCAAGCGCCGCCGUGGCCGCCUUGGAGAUGUUACCUAUCUGGAGGGCGAGGGCGAAGAUGGCCGCAGCUCCCGUGCCUCAACACCGGCUGAGGCGACACGUCGCAUGCUCGAGCGCCGAGGUUACAGUAAAAAGAUUAACUACUCUCUCCUGGACACGUUGUACGGCGGCGAAGGGGGAGACGCAAAGGCACAAAGCAUGAGCCGAAGCCAAAGUCGCAGCCAAAGUCGCAGCCAAAGUGUCGUCUCACGGCGCAGCGCCAGCAUCGAGCCGGAAGCAGCCUCGCGAUCCCGGCGUGCAACGCCAUCAGAUACCAAGUUCGAUGCCAAAUUCAUCCGUCCUAGUUCUACUGCACCGCUACCUACUCCGCCAUCCACCGCUCCAAACACCACUCAGGACGCAAAGCCAGCCAUUGCCAAGGAUGGCCCCGUGAAUAAUGUCGAGCCAGACCCUGAAGAGGAGGAUGAUGAGGAGGACGAUUAUGAUGACGACGAUAAGGACGAUGGCGUUGAGGACGCAUUUGCAGGCCAUUACGAAAGUGACUAUGAUUAUGGCGAUGACGAUGAAUGA